AUGUCUUUUGAUAGAAACGAAAUAUUUUCUGCUUCUGUACUUCCCGGUGAACAACCAGAAGAUAAUUCAUUCAAUGAAAUUACAAAAGCUUUUAGAUCUUUUGUAUUAGAUUUUAGAUUAGAUUCACAAUUUAUAUAUCGAGAUCAAUUAAGAGAAAAUUUAUUAAUUAAAAAUUACUACCUUAAAGUUGACACGGAACAUUUAAUUGGAUAUAAUGAAGAGCUUGCCAAGAAGUUAACUGAUGAUCCAGCAGAUAUGAUUCCAUUAUUUGAAAAUGCAAUUACUGAUAUUGCUAAAAGAAUUGCUUAUAUUUCACAAUCUGAAGCACCUCAAGAUUUCCCAAUAUGUCAAUUAAUCCUAUAUUCAAAUUCAAAUAAAAUAAGUAUUAGAAAUUUAGAUUCUGAACAUAUUUCAAAAAUUAUUAGAGUAUCAGGUAUAAUUAUAUCUGCUUCUGUUUUAUCUUCAAGGGCAACUCAAGUACAAUUAAUUUGUAGAAAUUGUAAACAUAUGAUGAAAAUUAAAGUUAAAUCUGGUUUUGGUCCUAUUCAAUUACCUCAAAAAUGUCAAGCACAACAUAAUUUAGAUUCAACACAAGAUAAAUGUCCAAAUGAUUCUUAUGUCAUUGUUCAUGAUAAAUCUACAUUUGUUGAUCAACAAGUUUUAAAAUUACAAGAAAAUCCAGAUAUGGUACCUGUCGGAGAAAUGCCAAGGCAUAUUUUAUUACAAGCUGAUAGAUAUCUAACAAAUCAAAUAGUACCAGGAACUAGAGUUACUAUAGUUGGUAUAUAUUCAAUUUUCCAAUCAAAACAGAGAUCAGGUGGUAGUGCAGAAACUGUAGCUAUUAGAAAUCCAUAUUUAAAAAUAUUAGGAAUACAAUCAGAAACAAAUUUGAGAGGUCAAGGUGUUUCAUUUACUGAGGAAGAAGAAGAAGAAUUUUUAAAAUUAUCAAGAACUCCUAAUUUAUAUGAAGUAUUUGCAAAUUCAAUAGCACCUGCAAUUUAUGGAAAUGAUGAUAUUAAAAAAGCAAUUACUUGUUUAUUAUUUGGUGGGUCUAAAAAGAUUUUACCUGAUGGUAUGAGAUUAAGAGGUGAUCUAAAUGUAUUACUUUUGGGUGAUCCAGGUACUGCAAAAUCACAAUUAUUAAAAUUUGUUGAAAAAGUAGCUCCAAUUUCUGUUUAUACUUCAGGUAAAGGUUCUUCAGCUGCUGGUUUAACUGCAUCAGUUCAAAGAGAUCCACAAAGUAGAGAUUUUUAUUUAGAAGGUGGUGCUAUGGUAUUAGCAGAUGGUGGAGUUGUAUGUAUUGAUGAAUUUGAUAAAAUGAGAGAUGAAGAUAGAGUUGCAAUUCAUGAAGCAAUGGAACAACAAACAAUCUCAAUUGCAAAAGCAGGUAUAACAACAGUUUUAAAUUCAAGAACUUCUGUUUUGGCAGCUGCAAAUCCUGUAUUUGGAAGAUAUGAUGAAUUUAAAUCACCAGGUGAGAAUAUAGAUUUUCAAACUACAAUUUUAUCUAGAUUUGAUAUGAUUUUUAUUGUCAAGGAUGAACAUAAUGAAAAAAGAGAUAUUUCAAUAGCACAACAUGUGAUGAAUAUUCAUUCUGGAAAUAGAUCAGAUUUACAACAACAACAAGAAGGUGAAAUUCCAAUUGAUUUAAUGAAGAGAUACAUUCAAUAUGUUAAAUUUAAAUGUGCUCCAAGAUUAACUGCAGAAGCUUCAGAAAGAUUAAGUAGUCAUUUUGUAUCCAUACGAAGAAGAUUACAAUUAAAUGAAGCUGAAAUGAAUGAAAGAAGUUCAAUUCCAAUCACUGUUAGACAAUUAGAAGCAAUUAUACGUAUUACUGAAUCAUUGGCAAAAAUUGAAUUAUCUCCAAUUGCAACUGAAGAACAUGUUGAAGAAGCAAUUAGAUUAUUUACUGCUUCAACUAUGGAUGCUGUUGAUCAAGGUUUAGGAUCAACUGGUGAUGUUCAAUUAAAUGCAGAAAUUAAAAAAGUGGAACAUGAUAUUAGAAGAAGAUUACCUAUUGGUUGGUCAACUGCUUAUCAAACAUUAAGAAAAGAAUUUGUUGAUUCUGGUAAAACAAGUUCAAAUGCUUUGGAAAAGGCAUUAUAUAUAAUGGAAAGACAUGAAGUUAUUAAAUUUAGACAUCAAGGUCAAAAUGUAUUACGUAUUGGAGUAUGA